AUGGCUACUUCCUUUAUGCAGAGCUCCUCUUCUAACUAUGGUGGUGGUCUGGGGGUUGGGGGCGGUGGCUCCUCUCGUGUUUCUUCAGUCCGAAUGGGAGGAUCCUACAGAGCCCCAAGUAUCCAUGGAGGAUCUGGUGGCAGGGGUGUUUCUGUCUCCUCCGCUAGGUACGUCUCCUCUGGAGGUGGAUAUGGUGGUGGCUUGGGAAGUGGUGGCUUGGGCUUGGGUGGGGGCUAUGGAGGAAGUAGUGGCUUUUAUUCUGGCUUUGGAGGAGAUGCUGGUGGUUGCUUUGGAGGAGGUGCUGGUGGCGGCUUUGGAGGAGGUGCUGGUGGCGGCUUUGGAGGAGGUGCUGGUGGCGGCUUCGGUGGUGUUUAUGACUUUGGUGGUGGCUUGGGUGGUGGUGAUGGAGGCCUCCUAUCUGGAAACGAAAAGGUAACUAUGCAGAACCUGAACGAUCGUCUGGCGUCCUAUCUGGACAAGGUGCGAGCUCUGGAGCAAGCAAAUAGUGAUCUAGAGAUCAAAAUCCGAGACUGGUAUCAGAAGCAAGGUCCCACUAGUCCAGACCGUGACUACAGUCCUUAUUACAAGAUAAUUGAUGAGCUCCGAGACAAGAUUCUUGCGGCUACUAUUGACAAUUCCAGAGUCAUUUUGGAGAUUGACAAUGCUAGGCUGGCUGCAGAUGAUUUCAGACUGAAAUAUGAGAACGAGUUAUUCCUUCGCCAGAGUGUUGAGGCUGAUAUCAAUGGCCUGCGUAGAGUCUUGGAUGAGCUGACUCUGUCCAGAGCUGACCUGGAGAUGCAGAUUGAAAACCUGAAGGAAGAGUUGGCUUUCCUCAAGAAGAACCAUGAGGAAGAAAUGAAAGAAUACAGCAAUCAGAUGGGUGGAAAGGUCAGCGUAGAGAUGGAUGCUGCUCCUGGGGUUGAUCUCACCAGUAUCCUGUCUGAGAUGAGAGAGCAAUAUGAAAUACUGGCUGAUAAGAACCGUCGAGAUGCUGAGGCCUGGUUCUAUAAACAGACUGAGGAGCUGAACCGUGAAGUAGCCACCAGUACUGAACAGAUCCAUACCAGCAAGAGUGAGAUUACAGAACUGAGACGCACAUUGCAGGGCCUGGAGAUAGAACUCCAAUCCCAGCUCAGCAUGAAAGCUGGGUUGGAAGCCAACUUGGGAGAAACAGAAGGAAGAUACUGUGCACAGCUAGCACAACUUCAGGCCAUGAUCACCAGCAUUGAGGAGCAACUGGCGGAGCUUCGAUGUGACAUGGAACGGCAGAACCAAGAGUAUAGGAUGCUCCUGGACAUCAAAACCAGAUUAGAGCAGGAGAUUGCCACUUACCGCCGUCUGUUGGAAGGCCAGGACUCCCAGCUGUCGGGAUGGAGCCCUAAGGAUGCAUCCCUUAGCAGCAUCAGCAGCAUCAGCAGCAGUAAGGUUCGCAUCAGUGUGGAAGAUUCAGUAGAUGGAAAAGUAAUUUCGACCCACGAAAGGAAAUACUGA